AUGGUCCUGCCCGGGCCGUCAGCCUUCAAUGUUAGGUAACCAAACAGUCUUCGACUGAGAGGCCCUACCCAUAGAGGGCAAUGCGACACACACGUACAUAUUUUAUCAUAACCACAUCGUUGACCCUGUUUUGUGUAUUUUGGCAGAGUUUAGGAAGCAGCGCACCCGGUGGCCUGCAUUUGGCUUCUCCACGGAGUAUUCCCUCGCAAAUUGAAUAAGUUUCAAGGCUGAGCUUAGAAACGUGAAUGAAGUUAACGGUGUGUAAAGUAUUCCGUAUCGCGUUAUUUGUCUCUUAGAGGGACCUAACUCCUUCUAAAUGUUAAACCUCGCCCAAUCGAGGGCAAUGACAUAGCAUGCUACCAAAGUGCGACCUCUCCUGGUUGCAUCUGCCCCCAUUUGAACUUCUCAGAAAAUUACUCUGUUGGCAUUAAAGCAUCAACCCAGAAUGUUCCUAAAAGCACCUGCCAGGAACAAGAGCACCAAAUUUGUGUACUUUAGAGAGCUCACGGACCGACGGCUAGCAGCCACGUUCAUUAUGUUAAUUUUGCUCCGCCCCAUAGUGAUCCAUACCUUGGUGAACUUUUUAGAAUUUUAGUCGCACGGCACGUACUGUGAUUGGAGUUUGAGCGUACAGUUCAGCCACCCGCCUCCACCCUCGAGACGCAUAGACUUGUCCGUAAACAAUGUGCACAGGAAUGGUUGUUAUUCCCGUCCCGGUUACAAGAUACCGCAUAAUUUUAGGGUCGCACCUUUGAGCACUUUUGGAUAGAGUUAUAAAUAAAGAGGUAUUAUCUUUUGUGUCUGUUUGCUUUCUUAAACUAUUCUACCAACUCUGCUUGGCAGUGUCCUGAUAUUAAGAGAGUUAGUAUCGGCGACACAACGUUCUCAACAGCCCUACGAUUGUGUUCAAGGUCAUUGUUGCCGCCAAAAGGACGACUGAUCAGCUAAUGAGGUUACAUUUGAAGGAACGACUUCAGUUUUUCCCUCUUCUCUGAAUUAUCUUCCUUUUGGUGGAGUUUAUCUACUUAACUUAUGAUGAGUAGCAUCACGGCAGGUGUUAUCGCGUACAGUAAUUGGGAAACCUCAUGAAAUGUCAACGGAAAUUCCGAAAUGUUUUCCGAUUCGAAAAAAAUUAAUUAAGUAGUGUUGUAAAACUAAUCAUCAUGCAACAUAAUUUUAUAAUAAUUCAGUUACCCCAGGAUGCCGGCUUUCGAACAAACUUCUUUCCAGCUGAAUCUAAAAACCAUACUUCGUAAAAAACGGCUACUUAAGUAACACGCAUUUUUCCUUGAUUUUAGAUGAACUUAAAGAUUCAGUUAUACUUCAUGGAAAAUAUGCAUAAAAUAUUCAUUCUUUUGCCCAUUCAGUAGAAAAUUACGUCUUCUUUCAAAUUUAAGCUCGAAGGAUGAGAAGAAUUCGGUUUUAAAAAGUUUAUAAUUGUAAAAUUUUUUAAUACCGUGAAAUGAUCUUUCGUAAAACGCCCUCUCUGUGCACUUCCCAAUGUGGCUCAAAUCCUCCGCUUAAUUUUGUGAACCCUAUAUGGUCGUCCUUUAUAACUGUAGAGAAAUGUAUGGUUUUCCGUACUCAGAAUUUAUACGGCAUGUAGUUUGGGAACCCUGAAUGCAAGUGUAACGGCACGUUGGGCUCAAAAUUAUCCGGGAAUCGGUAAAGUUUUAUAAAACCAAAGUGUACCCUUCCUUCGAGUGUAAAAUUAAAAGAAGACGUAGUUUCCUACUAAAUGAGUAAAUGAAUGAAUAUUUUUAUGCAUAUUUUCCAUGAAAUGUAAUUUGACUUUUAGGGGCAUCGAAAGCCAAUGAAAAAAAUGCGUCUACUUAAGUGGUCAUAUUUUACGGAAUAUAGUUUUUGCAUGCAGCCGGAAAGAAGUUCGUUCGAAAGCCGGCGUCCUGGGGUAACUGAAUUAUUAUAGAAUUAUGCUGCAUGAUGAUUGGUUUUACGACCCUACUUAAUUAGUCUUUUCGAAACGAAAAGGCAUUUCGGAAUUUCUGUUGAAACUUCAUGAGUUAGUCCACUUUCUGUAUACCUCUUCGUGUUACAUGAGUUACCUCGGGUGACACUCCUCGGAUGAGAAAAGAACGGUACUCGGUUCUUCCACAAUUUCGUGCGCGUUGUCGAAAGACCGUCAAAGGAACCAGAGGUAUGCGAACGUACAGGGUUAUCCGCGACGACGAAAUAAUGUCAGUGGAGCGCUUUACAUUUAGAUCUGCCAUGAAACUUGUUGUUGUCUGUAAAUCCGGCAUAUAGUCCAGACAAUAGCCUUGCAGGUGACAGGUAAGGACUAUUCGUAGUUCGCAGAGAGGAGAUAGGCGUCAACCCUAACUCCACGGCGGAACAUCUGGCACCAAUUUCGGUGUUUGACUGCGCCUAGCGAAACAAGUUGUCCUAUUUCAAAUAGACGCCCACAAAACGGUGGGACAUGCUCGUGCUGAAUUCCAGGGAAGGUAAAUACUCUCGUGCCCUGACUCCAACCGCGCCACCAACUCUUGGCCGUCGGAAUCAGUGUUUUCAGCUGGUUGAAACUAAAUUUGCUUCCUCCGGCUUCAAAUAUUGACAAAUACUUUCUUUUUUUUCAUGUGGACAUCGCCCAGUCACUGGCGUUACCAGAAAAUUUUACAGUCUGCACGCCUGCUGGAUGGUUCUAACUCGAAGGUAGAGACUACCGCUAGUAGGGAGGAUACUUGAGGUUUAUAGACUUAAAUUCAUGAGUCGUUGUUUGGACAAAACGUUUUAGACCGAUUACGCUGUCGGUCUAAUCAUCCAGCACUAGAAUGAAGAAUCAGUGGAUAGGGGCCUCCACCUUGUCUGGACACUGUCGUUAUCUCAUUUCUGCCGUGCAUUACUUCUUGGAGUCCUUCGAGCAACGCCCAUUCCCCGCUCUCUCUCGCAGUCGAUCUCACCCUCGUAUCUCGCACGUCGUCGUAGAUCACGACAAUGUCUGGCGUGAGGCUAUCGAUUUUUUAUUAUACCCAACAGGGCAGUUUUACCGGCUAGUGUUUCAUUUUGUCUCGGCAUCUUCACUGCGUGCAAGGGACUGGCGAGUGUACGUGUUUGUAUGUGUGUGUGACGAGAACGACCGAUGUUGACGGUGGCCAAUCAGCGAACAGCAAAUUAUCGACGGGCGUAGAAGCUGCUACUCUCAUCUCCCUCCCCCACCCCCCCCCCUCCACCCGCUACCGGCGUCGUCCGCCGGCAGUUGUCCGGCCGCCCUAUCAUUGGCUGACACGUCAGCAACAUAAUCAACGCCUCUCUGACGCAUUCAGUUUGCCCCGUACACCACCGCUACGCCGGUUACAAGUCCACGCUGACCACACGACUAGACAAUCCGACAGACCAUCUGGACGAGCCACUCCAAGUCAGCGCGUUAGUCGCCCUGGUGAUUAAAAGAAAAUGACAUUUCAAAAAUGGAGUACCUACCACACACUGGUGAGCCAACCACCUUGCAAUUGCGCCGUAAAGCGGCAGAAUAUCGGCGAAAACGCGUGUCUAGGCUGUGUGCGGUCAGAGUGGUGAAUUCCGCAACAUCUGUAUACUACUGACUGCCUGUUGACAACUUAUGAAUAUUACGCAGUUAUCCCUGUGAUAAUGACGGAGCUCGGUUCAAAUAUUCAUAUCGACUUUCCAACUGACCGUAUAGCGCUUCAUUUCGAAUGAUCCAAACUAAUUUAUUGUAUUAACUUCCUGGCAGAUUCAAAAAACUGAGAUUUUGAAACGGGAUUAUGUUCCGGAAAGCAUACGGGAAUCCACUUAUGAGACGAACCACCCACAGCUGUGUCAUGAAGCUGCAGAAUAUCUGCGAGACACGCAUGGCUGCCAGUAGGUGUGCUAAGUCCUGCAAUGUUAAAUAAAAUUCUGAAAUGUGUUUUGGACUCGAAAUGAUUACUUAAGUAGGGUUGUUAGAUUAAUCAACAUGCUGCAUAAUCCUGAGAUAAUUCAGUUAGUUCAGGAUGCCGGGUUUCGAAUGAACUUCUUUCCGUCCAACUGCAGAAACUAAACCCUGUAAAAAGUGACAACUUAAGUUGUACGCAUUGUUCACAUUGAAUUUUCGAUACCGCUAUAAAUUCGAAUGCAUUUUAUAAAAUACAUGCACAAAAUAUCCAUUCUUUUACUUAUUUUGUAAAAAAUUACGUAUCCUUUAAGAUUUAUACUUUAAGGAAAGUUAUUAUUAUAUUUUUCAAAAAGGUUAUAAUUAUGAGAUUCUUUAAGACCAUGAAACGCCCGUUCAUAAAACGCCAUAUUCCGCAUUUGCUAGCGUUGCUUGUAAAGUUUACGAUAUGACCUGUAUCUCUGCCAAAUUUUAUGAGCUCCAAAUAGUUUAAUCUAAAUAGCCUAUAGAAAUGCAAGAUUUUCCGUAAACCGAAAAUAUACAGCCUGUAGUUUCGAAACCGUGAAUGCAAGUGUGACGGCAGGUAAGCUUCCAAAUUAUUCAGGAAUUGGAAAAGUCUUCUGAAACCGAAUAAUAUUCUUCAUUCAAACAUGACAUUUAAAGAGGACGUAAUUUUCUAAAAAAAAGCAGAAUGAUUAAUAUUUUUGUGCAUGUUUUCUAUGAAAUACAUGUGAAUUUAUGGCGGUAUCGAAAAAUCAAUGAGAGAAACUCUUAUUGCUUAAGUGGCCAUUUUUACAGAGUUUAGCUUUUGCAGGUGAUCGGAAAGAAGUUCAUUCGAAACCCGGCAUCCUGAAGUAACUGAAUUAUCUCAGGAUUAUGCAGCAUGAUGAUUAAUCUAACAACUCUACUUAAGUAAUCAUUUCGUGUCCAAAACGCAUUUUAGAAUUUCGGUCAACAUUUCACGAGUUAGCACAUCCACUGUAGUACCUGUGUUGUCAGUAGAUUUAAUCAUGCAGCUGACCUGAUCGCAGAAAACUGCACACACCUAAAAUUGCAUCGAAGAAAUUAGGAGUCACAAAGGUUGAUUAGGACUCCGAGAAAGGAAAGAAUGUGAAGAAUAACGUGUCUGGAAACUGUGCGUUGUCUAUGCUAUUACUAAUGGUGGGCUCAUGUACUUAUAUGAAAAGAAUAUCUAGAUAGUACCUCCGUGACUAAGAUUGUAAUAAAAAUCCGAUAAUUAUCGAAUUAUGCCCUCGAGAAGGUAAGAGGACCUUGGGAUCUUCGUGAUAUCGAAGUGAGUCCAUUGAAAACACUCAUAUACGAGAAAUAAUAGUCCAUCUGCGCGAGCUUUUAAUCCUAAUCUAUUGCCCUAUGAAGUUUGUACCAAUUACAUACUACCAUCUUAGGAGGAAAAGGGCGUGGUUUGGUUCUGCAGCCUCACACGAGUGAUGCCAAAUGGUUGGCUUCCGAAUUCAAUAUUAGUUAACAUACCUAACUUAACCACUUGCUGGUCUAGGAAGAGAAAGAGAACGUAAGCGGGGCUCGAAGCACGCGCAGGGAAGCGAGUGAAGGUUACGUGUAAACACUCUCCUCCUCCGACACAGCCACUUGCUGGAUUAAGAGGAUAAGGAGGGCACAAUCUCAACUGGAAGGCCACGGUGGGAACCGCGCAGUAAUUUGAAGUGCAUGGCUACCACAGUGGAACCGACGGAGUUUCACACCAUCCGAACAAUUCGAUCAACAUGUCUACCUAGCCACUCGCUGGAUUGAGAUAAAAAAGAAAGCGCGGGCAGGGCUCGAAGCACGUGCAAGGAAGCUCGCAUGAGCUGAAACUGAUGUAACCGAGGAUGGCGUAUAUGCAACCCUCCCCCCGUGGUACAGUCACUUGUGGGAUUAAAAUGUUGAGGAAAAUGCAAAUAUAUGAUGUUUGCAAAGUCGGCGCAUUCGCAGAUACAAAAUUUUGUUAGAAAGCUAACCAUGUGUUAUCAUUGGGGUGGGGCCGCAGAAGCAAACCUCACCAAAAAUAAUCACACUGGAAAUGCCUAUUCCUCCAUGCCCGUAUAGGAGAUCGGGUAUUCUAACUUUUCCAAAAAGGGACAAAUUGACAUCACAACGAAAGCUGCUUUCCAAGAGAGCUAAUGCUGUUUCAUAGAUUUGGGCCAUUUACAAAGGCAGUCGAAAUGCUAAAUGACGCCCCAGGUGCAAGUACUGAACUUCAGUGACUGGAGCUGAAUUUAUUAAAUGCGAUGUAAUUCACACAUCCAACUGGUAUUGCUUACUUCCAUGCACAGGUGGCAUGUACUGUCAAGUAACCCAUUCAAUUUUUUCGGCGACUUAUCCUGAGACCUUUGUGGCGACUGCUGGUAGACAAGGGAGACUGAAAUGGCCAUUUCUGACAGCAAGAGCCAGCCACACCAAAGCCUUAACGUAACCCUGACUGUUCUCAAACGCAGCUGACGAGAAUUAGGCGCCUGGCCAAAAUGAAGGAAGCCGUGACUCGAAUGCUCGGUGAUUAACUAGGUCCGGGUCAAAGUUCUGACCAUUUGGGCCGGGGGCAGAGAUAGGACUGGCUGGUUGAUGACGGCAACUUAGCCGGAAACGAGUCUUCGCGGCCCGCCUCCUCCCAUUUGAUAUUCCUUUUGCGUCGCUGACUCCUUAUCGCUGUUCGAGUGACUGCGAAGUCUGUAGGUGGAAGUCCCGAGGCAGAAAAGGAAGGAGCAUGUUCGCCAUUUUUGAAAAUACCUCUGAUGCGCUAAAUGGGAGGGGGCUUAUUGGGUUAGAUUUGGUCCUGCAGUGGCUUGUAUCCGUUUGGGGUUGGAGGACUAUACUUCCAGAUCAAAACUGACACGAAAAGAAUUCCGAUGAUUUACAAUGUCAAACAGGCCUGGAUGUUGCCUGAGUGUGUACCAAGACGGAAAGUUUCAGAAAAGUUUCGCUGUAGUCUAUUUUAAUCUUAAAAACCUAAAGGUUGAGUAUACAGGCAACCCCAUGACCCCAUGACACAAAGACGUCUAUCGAAGAUGCAUGCACAGAGGCAGUUUUAAAGUCUGGCAAGCAGCAGGAAGCCAAUACGCUAUUAAACGGCAAGAAGAUAGGAGACUGAUCGACUGUCACCUAUCCAUUUUUUGUACAGGAAUCUAUCAUUAGAGUUGACAGCAGUCACUCAACGAAAGACAGUUCUACGGGGUUACUGACAAAUCAACGACGAGAACAGAUAUCCACUCUCAAUGAUUUAUUCCAAGUUGCCAGAUCGUUUUUUGAGAAUAUUAAGGAGUCGAAAUGGGAAAAUUAGGGGAGGACGAAACCUUUCUUCUUGGCUGUCCUGUAUGCCGAAAUUGCUAGGGGCCUCAUUUAGCCCCAGGGGAAUCGGACGUUACCGAAAGUUAAACUUGAUAUACCUUUGAUUUGCUAGCCUCAGGCAGCACAUGGCAGUCAUUCUUUGGUGUGUUUGGUUAAACCUGCGGUUCUUCAAGCCUUGACUAUCUGGCCUCGCCGGACUGCCUUCCCGUCACCGUCCAGCGGUACUAUAAGUCUGGUCUGUUUCCCUCCUCCUCCUCCUCCUCCUCCUCCUCCUCCUCCUCCUUCUCAUUCUCCCCCUGCCCCACUAUCGAUCUGUCCCGUUUUACCCUCCAAGUGUAUACAAUGAGUUACCGAUCUCAUGAAAUGUUGGCCACAAUUCUGAAAUGCGUUCUCGAUCAGAUCGGAUUACUUAGGCGCAGUUGUAAUACUGAUUAUCUCGCGGCAUACUCCUAUAAUUUUUCGGACUUGGUAGGAUAUCAGCUUUUGAAUGCCCCGCUUUUUAAUUUCCCGUAAAAACCGUACUUGGUAAAAAAUGGCUACUUGAGUGGCAUGCAUUUUUCGCAUUGAUUUUCGAUGGUCCUGCAAAUUCAAAUAUAUUUUAUGGAAACCGCGAACAAAAUAUGCUUUCUUUCGGUCACCUAAUAGAGAAUCACACCAUCUUUAUAUUUUACACUCGCGGAAGGAGCAUGGGUAGGUUUUGAAAAAGUUUUUAAUUAUGAGAUUUUUUAAGAGCGUACAAUGUCUGUUCAUACAGUAUCGUAUCUGUCCAUUUACCACUGCUUCUCAUGAAAUGCUCAACAUAGUCCGCAUCCAUUGCAUAACUUUAUGGACUUUAUAUGGUAUUUUUUUAAAGGUCUAGAAGAAUAUUUUAUUUUCUUUGUACAGAACGGAUGCAUCUGGUAGACUAAAAUCAUUAAGUGCUACUGCAACAACUGAUCAGGCUCCAAAUUAUUCGGGAAUUAGAAAACUUUUCCAAAACCUAGUUAUACUCCUUCGGGUAUAAAAUAUAAAGAUGACGUGAUUCUCUAUUAAACUACUGAAAGCGAGCAUGCUGUUGUUCGCGGUUUCUAUAAAAUAUAUUUGAAUUUACAAGACCAUCGAAAAUCAAUGCGAAAAAUGCAUGCCAAUUAAGUAGUCAUUUUUUACCAAGUAGAGUUGCUAGAGGAGAUUGAAAGCGGUGUAUUCAAAAACCGACAUCCUGCUGAGUCCGAAAUAUUAUAGAAGAAUGCCGCGAGAUAAUCAGUAUUACAACCGCGCCCAAGUAAUCCGUCCUUAUCGAAAAAGCAUUUCAGGAUUUCAGUCAACAUUUCAUGAGAUCUGUCACUCACUGUAACUAUACAGCACAGGGGUGUACUGCACAGUAUGAUAAUGAGACCUAGGGGACUUAGAACGAUAAAUGAGAAAUGCACGCAGGUGUAUGGUAUGUGACCCCCUUGGGGAGGCCGUAGUUAGUUACAAACCUAUGCCCAUGCUUGGAAUGGAAAAUCUCUAACUUGUAAGCAUUUAAUGAAAAGUCCGAAGAAACCGCAGCCAUAAACCAAGCCCUAGAACCCUAACCCUAGCCUCCAUCCCAAAUUCAAACCAUAGCUCAAGCCUGGAAACCCUGUUUCAAAGUAUGACCCUACUAAUAGCAAUUUUAACCGUUGUCCAAACCCUAGCCUUGGGCCCAAAACGGACAAUUUUAAAUCGAUAACGCUACUGGAGGUCACAAUCUGCUUCCCCUUUAUGACCCAUUGCAUGACAAACCAUUAUGAAGCACACCAACCAUCCAGAGGGGGGGGGGUUUACAAACCCCACCCUCAUCUAACUUUUUUCUCACCUUAAAGGACCAUUCAGUCAUCAGAAUUGCACAGUUCAGUUUCCCAAGAGCCGCCUGCUAGGCAAGCCCAUCUAGCCGCAUCUUCAUCGAAUGUAAAACUAAUUUCUGCUAUUCCAUUUGAACUCGACACAUUUGGGCAAGUAUUCAAGUUAUUUAGAGGGAGACAGUGUUCGGUCGACUCGCAUUGUCUUGCAAAAACUACGGGCACAAGAAAGCAUACAUGCAGGGUCGUCUAUGCUGAAUGGGAUGUUUCCCGAGACAGUGGAAAUUAGUGAGGAGAAUGUUCCACGAGGGUUCUUGCGGCGUGCGGACGUAGUAUUUGCAAAAGCUGUCAGACACGGGAACUUGGAACUCCCCCGGUCAACAGGUGGCCUUGCGUAAGGCUGUAGGGGGGAGUGCCUAUUCCCACUUCGAUCAGGCGCCCAAACCAAAAAACCGGCGAACACUUCCGUACAUUAGGAAGGUGUCCGAACUAGUUGAAAGACACCUGAAGAAGCACCAAAUACAUGCUGCGCACAAGCCGACGACUACACUUCGUAACCAGCUGGUACACCCUAAGGAUAGGGUUGGCUAUUUACAUAAGAAGGAAGUCGUCCAUGCAACACCAGUAAUGCGGUUUACUGCGGUCAAACUGGCCAGUCGGCCUCUACACGAAUAUGGGAAUAUCAGUUGGCCGUAAAAAGGCGAGACCACUUGUCCCAAGUUACCCUGCAAACGCUGGAAACUGGACACAAAUUCGCCUGGUACAGGACUCGCAUCAUAGGUGUCCGCUCAUCUAAGAACGACCGCAUCAACCGACACGUAGAAUUUGAUGCGGUGUACAACAUCCUCAAGGAGAAGUGGAAAAGGCAUUGACCAAUCAGGACUUUACGCCAGCAGGAGUGACAGGCCAAAAUCGAUUUUUAGGCAUGUUUAAAUGUUAAGUGUUUUGCACACUUACUUUACCUCUGAGGACGACUUGGGGAACCAAAGUCGAAAAUUUACAAUUAAACUUGUUUAUCUUUCCCAAAGAAGUUAUUUCUUUCCAAUUAUGCUCUUUGGGAUGCCUACCUUCAAAUUCAUUAAUCUUAAACGUAAGUUCCUGCGGGAUUUACUGCAAUGCCGGAUUUCCCGUGUCCUCCCACAAACACAUGCUACGGGCACAGCAAAAUCCUAAUGGCAGCCGCCGGAUUUUGUAGAAAAAUUGGAUUUUUACGGUAGCCCUAGCAAAACAAGUUCUGGUUACCGCAAAAAAAAUCGGCGGGGCUCGGAAAUGCGGUCCUGCUUGCUCAGCAAACUAUCACCUUCGUACUAUCAUUGAUUUCAGUAGAUGGUAAACAUUUAUCACUUACGUACUAUAAUUAAUUUCAGCGGGCGCAGUGCCGCUUGCGGAUUCUUCCAAUUUGAGGUGCUGCGAUUAUUAUUUACAAGUACUUUGGGGUCUGGGUUUUACGGUUGGAAAUAGGAUUCGGGUUUAAGGGCCAGGGUUUAAGGUCAGCAUUAGGGUUAGGAUUUAGUGUUACGAAGUCACUCGGGAGCCACUUCCUACAAUUUUUAUCUACGGCUACGUCUGAUUGGCCACAUUCUUGGGCGGUUCAGUUUCGAUGACCUUGAUGGGCCAAUCACUCUUAUUCUUCCUAGAAUUGGUUUUAUUGGUCACCUGAAGUGAAUUUUUGCAUUGCAAGCUACUUACGCGGCGGUUUUAGCACCUGCUAAGACAAACUAACAUACUUACAUACGCUACACGUGCUUCCCCUUUAGUUUUCUCACAUUCUUCACUAUUUCCCCUAUCCCCUGUAAAGCAUCUUUUACAAUCGUUUCCGUAUUGGACCCGUCUGGGUUUCGUCAUUUCCCCUCAGGAUCGCGUUUCCGAGCCUUGCCAUUACUGCUGCUAUUGCGAAUAAAUGGGAGUUCUUUUAAAUUAUGCAGAAUACACUAUUACUUUCAAACAGUCCUACCCCUUUAGUCAGUUAGUUUAGGAAGGGCAUGCAUUUUCGAUCGAACAUGCAGCUGAGCGGUAAGACCACCCUAAAAGUCAACAGGGGGCGUCAGUGGUUUCGACAUAAAGUCGUCACGCCUGCGCGCGCGAGAGAGAAUGUGGAUUUAUUUUGAGAAAAGAAAAAAACAUUUUCGACGAUGAACACAUAAAAACGCCAUUCUUCAACACAAGUGAAAAGUGAAAAAUCGCUUGUUGUUAAACAGACAGGUAUCCGCAAGAAAACCAGCUACCCCCAGCGGACUGGCGGCGUAGUCAGGAGAUAGCGCCAUAAAUUAGCGCGAAUACACAAAGGAGAAAAAUCAGCUGAAGUCGGCCACUUAUCCCGUUCCUGAGUAAACUCCGAAACACACCCAAGGGUAAAGGAGAUGGGAGAAAUGGCAGUCAGCUACCAAAAGUUUGCUGCUCUGACUCGGAACACCCCCAUUUUUUCCAUCAAACGCCACCGCUACUGAUGGCAGGCGUUUAGCCAAAGUUCGCAAAUAUUUCAGGGCCUUUGGUUCACAGUGAAAUUGAAGUACUUUCGUGCACUGUGCAAGAAUAUGGAUGAGCAAAGUGCUGUUAAUGCACUGAUACGCUCGCAGCUCCAAACUUCGACUAGUCCUCCUGAGAAAGUGCUCAACUACAGCAGGUGGGCUAACUCAUGAAAUGUCAACAGAAAUUCCGAAAUGCGUUUUUGUCUCGAAAAGAUUAAUUAAGUAGAGUUGUGGAAUAAAUCGUCAUGCAGCGUAAUUUCAUAAAAUUUCAGUUACCUCAGGAUGCCGGCUUCCGAAUGAACUUCUUUCCGGCUACAUGCAAAACCACACGCUGUAAAAAAUGACUGCUUAAAUAGCAUGCAUUUUUCUAAUUGAUUUUCGAUGCUCUUAAAUAUUCACUUAUAUUUAUUAUGACAGUGAGCGCUCGCCGAUCAGGUUACGGAACAUGCUCGUUCCGUUGUGCCUUGGGGCUCAUACUAGAACCCUCGCAGGCAGUCGCACAGCGACUAGUAGUACACACAGAUGAGAUGAUACCGACAAAGACAAGGGAGACCGGAAUGGCCAUUUCUGGCUUAUUAGCCGUCAUCAGCCAGUCAUACCCAACCCCAAGGGCCCGUGGCUCAAUGGUAGAGCGUCAAACUCCAUGACCAAAGAUCCCGGGUUCGAAUCUCAAGUGAUCCACACUUGGGGUUGGGUAUGACUGGCUGAUGACGGCUAAUAAGCCAGAAAUGGCCAUUCCGGUCUCCCUUGUCUUUGUCGGUAUCAUCUCAUCACUUAUAUUUCAUAGAAAACGGGGAUAAAAAUAUUCAUUCUCUUAUUCAUUCGGUAGAAAAUGAUGUUUUCUUCUAAUUUUAUACUCGCAGGCAGGGUAUAAUUCGGUUUUCAAAAUCUUUUCUAUUUCCCGAAUAAUUUUGAAACUGGCCUGCCGUUACACUUGCAGUUAAGGGUUUCCAAUCUACAAGCCGUAUACUUCCCGCGUACGGAAAUCCUUACAUUUAUCUACGGUAUUAAGAGGAGACUAUACGAGGUUCAUAAAAUUUAGCAGUGGGUUUAAGCCAUCUUGUUAACUUUACGAGAUAUAUUGGUAAAUGCAGAAACAUGGCAUUUUAUGAACGACCAUUUCAUGGUAUUAGAAAAUCUCACAAUUGGAAACUUUUUUAAAACUGAAUUAUAACUUUUCUUCGAGUAUAAACUGAAAGAAGACGUAAUUUCCUACCGAAUGAGCAGAAUAAUAAAUAUAUUUAUGCAUGUUUUCCAUGAAAUAUAAUUGAAUAUUUAAGGACAUCGAAAAUCAAUGAGAAAAAUGCAUGCUACUUAAGUAGUCGUUUUUACGGAGUAUAGUUUUUGCAUGCGGCCAGAAAUAAGUUCGUUUUAAAGCCGGCAUGUUCACGUAACUGAAUUAUUAUAGAAUUAUGCUGCAUGAUGAUUAGUUUCACAACCCUAUCUAAUUAAUCUUUUCGAAACGAAAACGCAUUUCGGAAUUUCGGUUGACAUUUUAUGAGUUAGCCCACGUAAAGUAUGUUUUUAGCAACGUUUGUUUGAUCGCUUAAAAAGUGGGAGGUGUGGACUAGAAGUCAAGCGAAACCCAACCUUCUCAGCAUUCUUCUUCGGUAACUUGAAGUAGAAUUGAAGGAUCACAGGCCCAGUCCGAUGGUUAACAUGAAUAUUUGAGCCGAAAUAUUCAUAAGUUGCCAACGGUACAGAUGUUGCAUGAUUAACCAUUCUGACUGCAUAGCCCAGACACGCAUGUUUCGCCGAUAGAGAAUCACGUCAUCAUUAUAGUUCAUACUCGAAGUGGGAGUAUAAUUAGGUUUUAAAAGUUUUCUAAUUCCCGAAUUAUUUUGAGCCUGAUCAGUCGUUGUAUUAGUGCUUAGUGAGUCCAGUCUACAAGGUAUGUGCAUUCCGCGUAAAGAAAAUCCCACAUUCUUCUAUGCCUUUGGAAAGAUAUCAUGUAGAGUCCAUAAAAUUUUGCAAUGGAUGCGGACAAUGUUCUAAAUUUCACGAGGAGCAGUGGUAAACAUACAGGUAUGAUACGGCAUGAAUGGACAUUGCACGGUCUUAAAAAUAUCAUAAUUGGAAACCUUUUUAAAACCUAAUUAUACUCCCUCUUCGAGUAUAAAAUAUAAUGAUGAUGUGAUUCUCUAUCAAACGACUGGAAGAAAGCAUAUUUUUGCUCGUGGUUUCCAUAAAAUAAAUUUGGAUUUGCAAGACCAUUGAAAAUCAAUGCGAAAAAUGCAUGCCACUUAAGUAGUCAUUUUUUACCAACUAUAGUUUCUAAGGGGGAUUGAAAAGCGGUACAUUCAAAAGCUGACAUCCUGCCAAGUCCGAAAUAUUAUAGGAGUAUGCGGUGAGAUAAGCAAUAUUACGACCGCGCCUAAGUAAUCCGUCUGAAUCGAAAACACAUUUCAGAAUUUCAGCCAACGUUUCAAGAGAUCGGUCAUUCACUCCAGUUGGAUCAAACACUAGAGGAAGGAGUAGAUCGCCUGUAUUGCCGCGGGUGCAUUCUGGCAGACUUUGCCGAAAAUACUGGGCAGAUAGUUGCGGGUAUUGUGUAGACAAGAUGUCUACACAUGCCGCAUGAUUUAAUCUACUGACAACACAGGCACUAGCUGAAGCCCAGGCACGCGUUUUUCGCCGAUAUUCUGCAGAUGCAUGGCACAGUUGUGUGGGCUUUCUCUCACCAAUGGCCCCCCUCCCGUGUGUUUUAUGGAACAUACUCCAGUUUCGUAAUUUCAGCUUUUCCAUCUGCUGAGAAGUCAAUGCACUAACUUGGUUUGAGUCAUUUUAGAUGAAGUGUUAUACGGUCAGUUAGAAAGUCUAUAUGAAUAGUCGAGCCGAAUUCCCUCAUUUUCACAGAGAUAACCGCAUAAUACUCCUAUGCUGGCAAAAGGCUGUCCGUAGUAUAGAGAUGUUGCGGGAUUUGCCACACUGAGAGCACAGGUACUUCCUAGGAGUCCCGACAUUCGUUUCUCCGACAAUCUACCGCUGGAUAGCACAUCAUCAGUGAGUCUUCUAGCGUUUCCCGCGUGUUUUCUCCGAGAUGCAAGAGCUCCGAAUUUUCAGCUUCCUAGUCUGCUCAAAAGCUAUUGCGAUAAAUGAAUGAAGCUUUGUACGCUGAGCAGUAAAGUUGAUAAAUCAUGUAGUAUGUUUGUACUACUGGCUACCUGUUAACAAUUUAUGGACAUUAUGCGGUUAUUUAGAUUUAAUAAGCGGAAGUCGGCUCAAAUGUGUAUAUCUCCUUUCCCGUACGUUAGGAAUUGUAGAGGUACACUUUUACUCGAUUAUUGACUCUGCUUCUAAACCAACAACUUCCAUUUUAUAUGGAUACAAAGUUUCCGAGGUUUGAAAUAUUUCUUCCUUAACAAUUAUAGGAAUUACAAAAAUACCCCUCGUAAAGGAUAUUUAAGUGUGCGGAACGUGUUCCAUAAAAAGAACAUUUAAUUAACUUGACGGUAACCAACGCCGCCUAUGUUCUCAGUCGUUAAACUUUGGAAAGGGCCAUUUUGAACAAAGUAAGUACAGAACUCUAGACCUUCAUCGGCUUUUUGUUGAGGCGACUUAACUUUUCUGGUUCCUCGAGCCAAUUUACAAUUUUAAUUGGGAGGUCAUCGAUGAGAAGAGAACGGACGGCGAUUUAAGAGUUGACAAAAUUCCUACAUAGCGGGAAGUUACUAUUUAGUCCCGAGAAGAAAAAGUGCAAGGAUUUAAGACAAUUUCCUAGUAAAUUUAUCUCUCAGACUCUCCUCGUCAAAUUACCAGGUGAAUAUCAGUGUGAAAACAAGGUCGGUCGUUUCUUCAGCUGUGUAAUUUCAAAUAUAAAUAACAAUUUCUAGCACAUAUAUACAGUAACAACGUACAGUAAACCUGUGAAAAGACGAUUGAAAUAGGCGCCAUCUUUCAGGAACUUUUGCUCAAAAACGCAUCCAAGAAUCUGUAUUGGAGACGUCGCUGGGUCUGUUCAGAACCGGACUUCUGUGGCAGCUUUAAUUAUUUAACCUUUCCCUCAUGUCAUAAGUCUACCGGUUUUGGAGACACCGGCUGGUGAAGAGGGAGAGCAGUACGACAUGAAACGCAAUCACACUGCCAGUCAGCGAAAGCACGAACGACCACGAGUCGAUGAAAAUGAAAGCGUAGAGGAUAUUGCCUGCCAGCAUUGCGGAGACACCUACGGCGUUGAAAAGGACCCUAAGGGUGGCACACACCUGACCCGGCAGCCAGGAGUCACUGCAGACGCCACACACAUCAGUGAUGAAGACUACACUGACGAUGAAGAGGCCUCCGCAGAACAAAACCACCGAAAUGAGCUGCAACAGGUUAAGCAGGCAGAUUGAGAAGAAGUAACCGCAAUUCCAGUAGGGCAGAGCCAGCGAGGUGAUGCAUAAUCCGAUCGCUAGACAGCUCAACGGUAGGAUGAGGAGACUGACAUUCAUGCUAGUUGGUGCACACUCCAACUCUAGGGUGGGUAAAUGUAACUAGAAGGAGUUGCUGCAAGGUUGACCUGUGAGAACGCAAAGAAGGACUUCAGAUGACACGCAUUUCACAAGAAACAGCCUGGAGAAGCCUUCAGUUUCCGUCUCCGCUCUGUUUCUACGGCGGCAUGUGCUCGCCGAACGACCUUGCUGCACUGCUCUGGACUGGAGUAGGGAGGCCUGGCCCGCAUAAUUCAGCACGGACCCCGAUUGGCGCUGCCAGGAGGACAUGUGGCCAGCCAACCAGUAGAAGCGUCAGCACACACACGCAGGCACAGGCGGCGCGACAUACUCACAGUAAACUGGUAUGGCGGGGGGGGGGGAGAGGUCAGUACAACACAGUCUCUUAACUGUCGACCCCACUGCAGAAGGACAGCGCAACAGAAGAGGGUAAAUACAUUAGCCUCGGGCACAUGCAUACGCGUACGCACAUGAUGAUCCGUGUUGGCGCACAACUUCACCUUGGUUCACUUACAGUUGCGUUGUUUUUGUGCACAAAACUGAAUUCUCACAGUAGAUGCGUAGACCUGCGCGUACUGGGUGCUGAUCAGUCGGCAAGGGCGCCAUCCAGUCCAGCAAAAUUACUGACGAGGACAAGGGCUACUGCAGAGAGAGAGAUUUGGCAUGUGUGCGGUUUUUCGUCAGUCGUAAGCCAACCUCCCUGCCCCUCUCCCUCCGCCAGAGGACUGUAGAUCCGAGUCUUGAUCUGUUUCGUUACGUCAGACCAGACAUUCAGCUUCCCAGCCAACUUGAGUUAGGAGGCCUGUGAGCCCUCACCGGGAUCGUAUCUUUCAGUUGGUUUACACAUCCGACAGACAGAAGCAAAGAGACGAGUACCAGGAAACAGUCUUGAAGAAGGCGACACGAGGAACAUCGGGAUGCAGUCUUCCCGGACAUACAAUAUACGAUAGACGAGGAAGAGAACAACCAGCUGGCCUUCCUAGAUUUCCUUAUAUGCCGCAAAAAUUGUGGUAGACUAAGGACCAAAGUGUUCAGUAAAGCGAAAAAUACGAUGCAAACACAGAACUUCAACAGCAACCACCCAAUCAGCCACAAACGCAGUUGUGUAAGGACGCUCCAUCGGCGUGUCGAAACGCACUGCAGUGAGCCGGAAGACAAGAUUGCUGAACAACAAUAUCUCCGACGGGUCUUCAAAGCCAAUGGCCACCCGCGCAGCUUUGUCAACCGGUACAUACCUAGAAGGGACGAAAGGCCUAACCGCACGGACACCAAAUUUUGGCGAGCGCUUCCGUAUGUCCAGAACGUUUCGGAAACUGUCGGCCGCCUUCUCGCACCACUUGGGGUUGGAGUUGCACACAGACCGGAGGCAACCAUCAGGCGUCAGGUAAUGAAACCGAAAGACCCUUUGCUACGGCAAGAAACGUCUGGAGUCGUUUAUUGGAUCUGGUGCAGUUGUGGACAAAGCAACUACGUCGGAGAAACCGGAAGACAGCUCCGAACGCGAAUGGUCGAACACGUUGCAGCGGUGCGGAGAAAUGACGCUAGCUCUCAAGUUGCGGCUCAUUCAACGAGAUCCGGGCAUACAUUCAAAUUUGACGAGGUCUAAAUUUUUCGCAAUAGGUGACAAUCGCAAGAGCCGGGAACUGCUUGAUUCAUGAUUUACUGGCCCCCAGUCUACUAACAUGUGCAACGAUCUUCCCAUUCAAUACAGCGUGCUGAGACUUCGCCUAGGCGGAGUAAUUGGCCACGCGGGGAGCGCACUGGUGAACACUCUUCCCAACACCCGGGUCAGCGCGUCAGGUGGUCGAGCCAUCCUCACACUAACAUCCAACGCACGUGAUGAACUUGCAGCAAUUAACGACGCAAAUGUCGGCCAUCACACCACGCGCGACGAUCCCUGAUUAAGGGGGGCGGGGAGAGCCGUGAAUAUUCAUAGGUAUGCGGUAACAUGGCUACUGCAUCCUAUAAACACUGCAGUCCCUUGUGCAUGAACCACCCCUAUCUGCUUUUGUCUGUGAUGAUGGGUUCGUGCAGGAAUCCGAAACGUCAGGUUAAUAAAGCUCUCUUCCCAGCGAUCGUGUCUCCUUUUUCUAGGCAAUGUUUCGAACGGCACAUCUUCACACAUCUCAUCCCUUGGGGUCUUCGUGGUGGGCAACUCACGCGACGGUUCAGUAAACAAGUAGACUGAGAGAUCGGCAAGUUCUGUCAUAUCUGGCUACUUUUUUAUUGAUAAAUACACGUGGUAUCAUGUUACUUGGCGGAGUAAUCAUCCACACCUUACGCAGCUAAGUCUUCGAGCUGAUGGUUUGGCAUCUCGCCACGAGAUAAAAGGGGAUAAAUUUCAUGCUGUUAAGUCCACCAUAAGAGUAUUUGGGUUCUAAUUUAGUCAGCAAAAACCGAAACCUCCCACCCAUCCCUAACCGAUCCAGUCGACCAUGUCAGAUUUGGAGUGGGGAUAUCAAGAUACUGAACGUCUAUCCACGUCCAUGUAAAGGAUUGGUACUUGCAUAGAUAAUCAAACAGACUCAGAAUUUCCCUUCAGAUCAUGUAUCUUUCCCUGUGGUCUUUAUUUAGAUUUUUUCUCCAUUGUAACAAAGUUGUAGAAAUCUAAUGCAAAGAACUAGAAUUCUUGAGAAUUUUGCGUCCCUACUUGCAAAAUUUCAAACCGCAGUCAAAAUAGCGCGUUCUUAGUAAAAAGAACUCCUGUAAAUGGAAUUCAAACCAGCCAAAAGAAAAAAAUUGCAAAUCUCUGCGUGAGCGCCUUUGGACCGCUCGAAGGUCUUGAUUGGAUGAAGAAGCCAACGAGGUAGGCACGCACUUUUUCACUUAACAAUUAUCAGACUUUUCUAAACCUUCUGCACAGAAAUAGACCUUAAGAUGACCAACGUCUUUCAGGGCGUCCAAUUUUGAACUAUAAUAGCGCGUGAUUUCCGGCAGUUCAGCGCAGAAAAAAGGAUGGAGGAACUUCGCUCGCUAUCGACUGAUGUUCUCUGACGGUAAUGACCUCAGACAGGAGAAACAGAUUAUUUUCCGUUGUUGUUGCUACUGAAUUGGCGUCAGUUCCGUUUUCCGACUUUUCUACCACAAACUUCCCUAAAUAGUGAAUAAAAAAGAAUGAUGGGCGAAGUUUGGUCCGGCAGCCCCACCUGAGUGAUAACACAUGAUUAGCUUUCUAAAAAAUUUUGUAAAUGUGAAUACGCCGACUUUACAAACAUUGCGUUUUUGCAUUUUCCUUAGCAUUUUAAUUCAGCGAGUGACUGUGCCACGGAGGGAAGGAGUGCUUAUACGCAAGCCUCGGUUACGUCAAGUAUCAGCUCACACGCGCUUCUCUGCGCGUGCUUCGAUCACGCUUGCACCCUCUUUAUUAUCUCAGUCCAGCGAGUGGCUAGGUAGGCUUGCUGAUGGAAUUGUUCAGACGGUGCGGAACUCCGUCGGUUCCACCACAGUGAUCAUGCACUGCGAAUUGCCACGCGGUUCCCACCGUGACCUUCCAGUUGUGAUUGGGCCCGAAGUAUCCUCUCAAUCCAGCGAGUGGCUGUGCCGGAGGGGAAGAGUGUGUACACGCCACCUUCACUCGCUUCCCUGCGCAUGCUUCGAGAUCUGCUUGCGCUCCAUUUCCCUUCCUAACCCCGCGAUUGGCUAAAUUAGGUAUGUUAAUUUAUGUUGUUUUAGUAAGCCAACCAUAUUGCAUCACUCGUGUGGGGCUACAUAACCAAACCUCGCCGAAUGACGCUGUACGAGGUGUGCAUUUAGUGUAGAUCUCAGCCAAAUGGAACUGAGAAGACAGCUUCUAUACGCUGAAGGGAGUUCCGAUAGAGACGAGGGCUACUACGAUAACUAUUUAGGGACUAUUAGCCAACCGUACCUGAGCCCGGGUUUGGGGGCAUCUGAAACUCCAACCCGUGUUCCAUGACCAUCAGGCCUUCUGAGGGUCGACGCCUUAACCAUGGCAACUGUCAAGGCAGGGGGUCGUAUCGGUUGCAAACGGCGAUAAUAGGGGCGUUGAUCCUAAGGACGCUCGAUGGCUAAGUAACGCGGGUUAGAGCCUCAUGUGGUCUCAAACCCCGGCUCUGGUACUGUCGGCUGACAACGGCUAAUAAUUUAAAAGUAGUCGUCUCAGUAUUCCUUGCUGCUGAAAGUGCCCCCUUAUCUGCCUUCAAGGGCUCUACGUUGAGCUCCACGGCACAACGGGGCAAGCUGGUCCUGUUACCUGAUCAAUGAACGCACCUCCAACAUAAGUUUGCUAUGAUGUAUUCCGGCACCCAUUGGAUUGACAACGAAGGUGUCCCUCUCUGUCCUCUUGUGUUAUCUACGGUUCCCUUAUGAUGUCCAUAAUUUAAAACGGUGGAAUAAUUUCUCAGAUGCCGACACUGACAUCGGAAUCUGGAGCUCUCGAAGCCAGUGAUUAGCUUCCGCUCCGGCUGAAAUUUUCAUGGUUCAUGCGAGUUAAAAGGGAGACCUAUUGCCCUCAGUUCGACGAAGCUGCAUCAUUCACUUAGCCUUUUCAAUAGUCUGAAAUCUCAUCUGGGACAUGGACGCCUAGACAACCGAAUGAAGGUAAGCGCUCUCGAAAAAUCCAAAAUGGUGGAUUUGGUUGGUAUUGCAUAGCCUAAUGCUUACAUGUUCAAAUUCGAGGUCCCGAUAGGACACGGCUUCCAGUACCCCCUUAUUACGGGUAACAUUACGUCAAAAUCCAGGCGGGAGGUAAGGAUCAAAGUUAGGACACCGGAGUGCGUACCUAUCUGGGGAUUUGGCCUAAGGCCACCAGCAGUACGGGCGCACUUAGUUCAAACUGGAAUCCCUUACGUCGGGUCGGUCCCCGAAUAUCAAUUCUGCUAAGAGCGUUUAAUGUCUCCUGACACUAGAAGGCAACAAAUAUAAUCUGGAUGACCGUCUUGGAGUCAUCACAACGCAUGUGGCAUUGGCCGCUUUGUCAGCGUGUAUGUUUUCCGCCCUUUAAGGAAACGUCACAUGAUUGGCACGUAUUCACCAGCUGACAGUAGAUUCAAGGGUAGGGAGGGUGGCGAUGGGCACCUUUAUUCGACAGGGUUGUUUAUUUCUCCCGAUGCGAAAAAAAGAGUGAAAAUAUGUUAACCAAAUUCUAUCUACAUAAUCAUGGUAAAUUCUUCCUAUCAUAUUUGAGUUCCUUUGAUUAAAAACAGACAUGGGAGUCUUCGGAGGGCCGAAAUCAAUUGUAGCACCGUAAAUACAAAUAUUGUCCUUUAGCGGAGCAACAAAACUCGUGGAAUUAUCUUCUUUCAUCAUAGUUCGAAGGGUAAGAGUGCAGACCAUACGUUAUCCAUGGAAUUAGUGGAUUAUACAACGGAAGAUGAAGAAAAAGAAGAAAAAAAGAAGGCAUAGUAACUUUCUAGGUAUGUCUGAGUUUGUCCGGGUGACGAUGGCGUAUAAAUUAUUUUGGCCCAACUGUGAAAAAAUUGGCGACCUCGGUGGGAUUCAAACCCACCCAGAUGUGAUUCAACCCUAAAUGUCAUUAAACUGACUGCUCAGUUGGCUAUGGCGUUGAUUAAACUCAAGUCUUCCAUUUUCUGUCCCGCGUUUGAAUACCAUCAAGGUCGCCCAGUUUUUCACAGUUUGGCCGAAAUAAAUUAUUCGAAAUCUGCCAAAACACCUAAUAAGACGCGGAAUAAAUCGAAAGUGACUAUCAUAGUCUCAUUUGUCUUUGUCGGCACUUCUCCACAUGUAUUUCUGGCCGACAUACAGCUAUCUGCAGUAAUUGUGCCGCCAGGCCCAAAGGGCAGCUGAUAGGACAACGAAUCCAUGGCUCAGUUGGUAGAGUGGUGAACCUAACGCUCGAUGACCGAUGAGCGUUGGUUCGGAUCCCAGGCUCUCCAGACCUGCGGUUGAGUAUCGCCCACUGACGACAGAACAUAAGCCAGAAAUAUUCAUUCUAGUCUCCCUUGUCUUUGUCGGUCCACCUUUCUCGGCAUGCAUUGCUGAUUGAUAUACGAAGGCCCUGGGGCGCCAGGGAAUGUGCACAUCCCGUAACCCGUCAUGAUAGUUUUUAGUUUACGUCGUCUCCAUUCGACACUGCCCCAAAUCGGGAAUAGCUGAGACACUACCUAGAGCGCAGUCCGUCCUAGAGACUAACGUUGUGCUUGUUGAGUCAAGCUUUCCUUCUCUAUCGAUGGUCACCUAUCUGGUUGUCGUUUCUAACUCAUUUCUUUCUCAAAGGUAGCAAACAGUAGCACUAUCCAGGACACAUGCCUUAGCUUCCCUUUGGCCUGUUAGGAAUUCCCUACUCAACCAGAUAUCUUAUUGCGCUGUAACCCGCAGGCUGUUCGAAUCAAAACAGAACUGGUGUGCUCUUCGUUUCCACAGACAGCUACACCGAUUGCCGCCCUCUGUGCGAGUGCUUCGUCCUCCCUCUUAUCGGCUUAUCGCCUGCGAGGCAGCGGUACGAGCACAAUGCCAACCCGCGAUCCAAAGUCCCCAUGUAGUAGCAAUGACCGGAGGCAAUAGCAACUGCGCAGUAAUAUGUGUAUGUGAGCGCCUGCAUGUGUGUAUACAGACCAAAAAUGGUACAAACACCCACGCCAAUGCAGGCACACACACACACACACACACACACACACACACACACACGACAUUCUGGUGAGCAUCCACAACGGCAGCAGCAGCAGCAGCAUCCAGGACAGUGUAGCAUGAGGGUAAUAUAUGAGCUCCAGAAAAACGAUCUGACCUGACAUAAGGCACAUGCACGCGCGCGCACACACGCACACACUUGCUGUCCAGAAUCUAUGAUGCAAAAGGUGAGGAAUGAGAAAAAAGUACCUCGUUCAGCCGGUAUGUGAACGAGGAAUUAAAAAGGUAAUUGUUCGGAAGACGGCGUAGUUACCAUUGUGAGUAAACAGGAUCAGAGGGUCAAGAAACAGUGUGACGUAGUCCGCGAGAUUGUAUAUAUUAUAUAUAUACAUUUACUCAGAGAUGGGCGUAUACUAAUUCAUUGGAUUCCUGAAGCAAACAAGCUUUAUACAUACAUAUACCGAUAAGGUGAUACCGCCAAAGACAAGGGAGACCGGAAUGGCCAGUUCUGGAUUAUUAGCCGUCAUCAGCCAGUCAUACCCAACCCCAAGUGUGGAUCACUUGAGAUUCGAACCCGGGAUAUUUGGUCAUGGAGUUUGACGCUCUAACAUUGAGCCACGGGCCCGUUGUCCCUAAUAUUAUAUAUAUUUAUAUACAUCAAGGGGAACGACAGAGCCUGCGAGUAGAAACUUGUUUGCUUUGGGAAGCCAAUGGAUCGGUGGGCACUAAUUCCUGAGUUUAUAUAUAUAGAUAUAUACGUAUGCACUGGAAGAUGGGCAUCCCAAGAAACAAAAUUCGAAGAAGAAUGAGUUCUUUGGGAAAAUGAAUAAACUGGUGAGCAUCCACAACGCAGCAGCAGCAUCCGGGACAGUGUAGCAUGAGGGUAAUAUAUGAGCUCCAGAAAAACGAUCUGACCUGACAUAAGGCACAUGCGUGCUCACACACGCACACACAUACUUGCUGUCCAGAAUCUAUGAUGCAAAUGGUGAGGAAUGAGAAAAAAGUACCUAGUUCAGCCGGUAUGUGAGCGAGAAAUUAAAAAGGUAAUUGUUCGGAAGACGGCGUAGUUACCAUUGUGAGUAAACAGGAUCAGCGGGCCAAGAAACUGUGACGUUUUUCAGUCGACCCAGAGUGCUCACAAGUAGACCGCGAGAUCAUAUAUAUUAUAUAUACAUUUACACAGAGAUGGGCGCAUAAUGAUUCAUUGGCUUACCGAAGCAAACAAGCUUUAUAUAUAUAUAUAUAUAAUAGUAGGGGGCGCUCACCGAUCGUUCAUACGGAGCUCACUCGUUCCGUUGUGCCUUACGGGCUCUCUCUCGAGCCCAACCCGGACAUAAAUGAGAAGAAGAGGCGAUCUCGGUAACCAUGAUUGUAUUGUCCUGACGUUUCAAAGGCAGACAAGCUUUCAUCGUCGGAGGUGAGUAUCGUACGGCAUCACAGUAUUUAUAGGAUGGGGAUAGAUAUCAGUCAUGCUAACACGGUGGUAAUUAUAGGGGGGAGUGGUUAAUCGGCUUGGGCGCUAAUGGCCCGCAUACGCACCGGGAUCGUCUCUGUAGUCGCAGGGGCAGAGCGGGAGGGAGGGUGACUGCUGUCAAUCGGCCUGUCUCUCGUCGGGGGGCGGCAUUUGAACGUAGGUGGCCAUCGCCCGCAUUCGCGUUGACCUUAAUUGUCGUACUGGGUUGCUAGUCUUGAUUGCAUCCCUCUGACCGCGUUUCUCCCCGUCUGCCGGAGUAGUAGUGGAGGCAACAGUAUUGAUGACUGCGUCUUCGUCGGGCCUGAUUUGUGGUGUGGCUACGUGUAGGUCCGUCGUAGGCUCUCCCGUGUUUGGAUUCACGUCCGGCCCGACUUUGCGCCUGCUCUUUAGUUCGUUGAAGGCAGUGGGUACGCAUCGAUCAGGUUGCGGAACAUGACUGUUCCGUUGUGCCUUUGCAGCUCAUACUAGAACCCUCGCAGGCAGUCGCACAGCGACUAGUAGUAGACAUAGAUGAGAUAGAGCCGACAAAGACAAGGGAGACCGGAAUGGCCAUUUCUGGCUUAUUAGCCGUCAUCAGCCAGUCAUACCCAACCCCAAGUGUGGAUCACUUGAGAUUCGAACCCGGGAUCUUUGGUCGUGGAGUCUGACACUGUGAGCGCCGGUCUCCCUUGUCUUUGUCGACUCCAUCUCAUAUAUAGAUAUAUGUAGACGAUAACGGACACCAUCAUCAGGCUAUUCCAAUAUAGUAAAACAAUUCGCUGCAGUAGAAGCCUAACGAAUGGGGUCGUUUUUCUGGAUGAUGCCCUAUUGUUGUAUGUAUGCGUGAUGAAACAAUGGGCGCAAACUGAAAGUGCAUCCGGCCGAUGUGAGUACGUUUUCUGACGUCCCCUGCAGGGUUACCCUUUAACAUCUCAAAUGUGUGGUACAAUCCAAGUCAAUUAUGACGUUUUUUGAAGCACGACGACCUAGAGAACAAUUUUACCUUCGCCCUGAAAUAAGUAAAAGUCGUGGGCGAAAAUAAAUGUGCAUAGACUACGUUUAUACACCACCCAAGAAUACUUAAUCGGAAAUAUUCCAGUAAUUGGGGGUUGCUCAGAUGUCAUUUCCUUGUGACAUGCAGAGGCAGUUACAUGUUUCCACAAUUUAUGCAUAAUAAUUGAGUUGUAUGUCUCUACUCACACUACAGAAAUGGCAGUAAUACCUAACACGUAUUAAGCAUUUCUAAAUACUGAAUCGUGAGGAAACUUAUUUCCCCCAAAUUAACAAAGGGAACCAUCUUUCCGUUCUUCACUUCCUGGAAAAGUUAUAAACGUAAAUAAUUAGAGAAGACCAUAGUGGAAGUAUAUGUGCUACUUUAGGGGCGAGUUCUUUGCGGCUAUGACAAAAAUCGAUGGUUGAAAAGGCCACCAAUAGGAAGCCAGCAAACCAGAGCAACGACUCAACCUCGCCGGUUCUCCGCGCGCCCCACGACUCCUUCUGUGAAUGCUGCGCGAGUCUCCAUGCAAACCGACAGCUUCCGGAGGCGUUUCUUCUACCAGAAGCAAAAACGUCCUCCUUCAGAGACCCAGUUAUGCGUCUCUACUGCAGAUCUACGUACCACAAAAACUGUCUCCUAACAAACCUGAUAGGCUGACUGGUCGGGGAAAGGCUGGGCGAGUGAGGUGAGUUUUUACGUCUUUUCCCUUUUUUGCUUUCAGGAUAGGACCGGUCAUAUUUGCAUCAUUUCCUCCUCCUCCUCCUCCUCCUCCUCCUCCUCCUCCUCCUCCUCCUCUUCCUCCUCCUCCUCCUCCUCAUCCUCAUCCUCAUCCUCCUCUUCCUUCUCCUACUCUCUCUUUUUCUUUCUCUCUCUCUCUCUCUCUCUCUCUAACACACAUACGCACACAGUCCACUGA